AUGUCUAGAGUAGCUGUUGAGAGCAUCACUUUCAUCACCAAGUUAGGAGUUGGCGUCGAUGACAACGAUAUAAAGGAAUUGGAACUACAGAACCCCAAUCUUCUUCAACACCAAGAUGGUGCCAAGCUGGAAGUGCAGGAUGCCUCGCGGGAGAGCUUCCACCAGAGGAGCCAUGUGAUGCCGGACAUAUUCCCUAAUGCAUCACAGUCGAAUACUCGCAUCAAGAAAGGACUGGGGAUUCUCAUGGGUGAUACCUGUUGCCCAUCUGGGGAAAGAGUUGAAAUUGCAGUGACGAGUCUUGUCCCCGAUCGUGUGCUCGUCCUUGAUAUCCGGUCCCCCACAUCGCGGGUUGGCAGUUUGCUGCCGAACAUAGGAACAAAACACGAAACGGGGAACAUGGAACGAGUCCUCCCGCACCACCAAGAACGGAAGGCCACCGCGCACUCCGUUGUUUACAUGUAUGGAGAGAAAGAGACAAAAGGACAAGGGGACAGGCAGAGACGGGGGGAUGCGUUCCGCGUUUUCUCGUGUUACUGGCACGGGAUGUCCUCCCGCUGCAUCUUCCGGGGUGAUUCUUUCGAAUCCAAGAACCAUUAUGCCAUCUCUACUCCUGCACCAUCCAUCCAAAUCAUCUCCAAUCAUAAGAAACAAGCACGUUCUCUCCAGGCGCAUAAUAGGGUGCCAUCUGGCGUCACGUUGAAGGGGCGAAUCCUUCCUCUCUCCGAUCAUCGUCUCCGCUCCGCUGCAUAA